AUCACACCCUAUUCUUUAUUACUUACCCUCCCAAAAAAACCACCCCAUCCUCUCUCUCUCUCUCUCUCUCUCUCUCUAGUUUUUCAUGUCAGAAGAAAAAUGAAACAAUCCCAGAAAUCUUAUUGUACAAAUUUAUCUCUCUCUAAAAAUUUCUCUCUCUAGGAGAACACUCGGACUGUGAUUUGAAUCACAGUAGUUUGGGGGCUUGUGUGUUGAGUCAAGCCAUGGCUGCAGCACUAGAAUGCUGGUCGAGCCGUGCGAGCACAGACGAGGACUUGGUGGAACAAGUCCUAAUGCGGACCCAGGACAGAUCGGAGGGCCUACCGGAGAACUCCUCGGCGGCAGCCGCUGCUGCUGGCGGCGGCGGCGGAGGAGGAGGAGGAACGAAGGAGUCGUCGGCGAUGCAGAAGCGGUUGCAGAGGCUGAGCCGCAACGUUUCCGAGGCCAUCGCGUCGCUCAAGAACACACUGAACCUGGACUCCGCCCGUGACUCGGCGCUACCACCACCGUCUCGGAUUGAGAGCUGUCGGAAGGUGGUUUGGGGUAGCGUUGUACGGAACCUGACGCAGCUGUACCCUGGUAGUCAGCUGCCGGAGAAGCUCGUCUCCAAUAUUCGCAAGCACUACGAUUCGUUACCACUCAGCUACGCACAGGCGGGUUUUGAUAUGAAGGAAGUGUUUUUACAUAUCAAAUUGAUAGAGCAGGCGUCUGUGGAAGACCAACCAGCGAUGUUGAUUCAAGAGGUGUCUGAUGAUGAAGUUCAGGGGUCUGUUUUUAGGCUUACAUUUGCUUGUAACUCUUUGAUUUCGUGGCCGGCAAUGUCGGGUGCACUCGAUAAUGCUUCAAUUUGUUGCAAGAAGAUACAGAUCUUUGAGAAAAAGGGGUUCACAUUGGGGGUUGUUUUGCUUCUCGUUCAAUCUGGGCAAGAGAAAUUGUUCAAAACCCGGUUCGAAAAUGCUCUGAAAUCGGCUCUGAAGAAGCCGAAACCUACUGCCAUGAAGCUCCCAUUUGGGCUUUGUGGGUGUCAAGAGAGCAAUAGAGGCAAAGAGCUUGGAGAGAUCGAAGAGGAUUGCGGUGAACAGAACUACAGAAAUGGGAUUGAGAAUUCGAACACGAAAGUUCAACUUCAGAUGCCUUUACCCACUUCCUCAUUUGUGGUUUCUGUUGAUGAAUGGCAGACAGUGCAAUCAGGUGGAGAAGAGAUUGGGAAGUGGUUGUUGAACUCUGAUAAUCUUGAGUUCAUUGAUCAUAUUGGACCCAAUACAUUCAAGGGAGUUUACAAGGGCAAGAGGGUCGGAAUAGACAAGCUCAAGGGAUGUGACAAGGGAAAUUCAUAUGAAUUCGAGCUCCGAAAGGAUCUACUGGAACUAAUGACUUGUGGGCACAAGAAUAUACUGCAGUUUUAUGGCGUCUGUGUAGAUGAAAAUCAUGGGUUAUGUAUCUUGACUAAGUUGAUGGAAGGUGGGUCAGUUCAUGAUGCUAUGCUAAAGAACAAGAAGCUUCAGACUAAGGAUAUAAUAAGGAUUACUGCGGAUGUGGCAGAGGGGAUCAAGUUCAUGAAUGAUCAUGGCGUUGCGUAUAGAGAUCUCAACACACAGAGGAUUUUAUUGGAUCGCCAUGGGAAUGCUUGCUUGGGGGACAUGGGUAUAGUCACUGCUUGCAAGAGUGUUGGUGAGGCUAUGGAGUAUGAAACUGAUGGUUACCGGUGGCUAGCUCCUGAGAUUAUUGCAAGUGACCCAGAAAGUGUUUCAGAGACAUGGAUGAGUAACGUAUAUAGUUUUGGGAUGGUAAUCUGGGAGAUGGUGACCGGUGAGGCCGCCUAUUCUGCAUAUUCACCUGUGCAAGCAGCGGUUGGGAUAGCUGCUUGUGGGCUAAGGCCUGAUAUCCCUAAGGACUGCCCACAAAUCCUAAGAUCGCUGAUGAUGAAGUGCUGGAACAGUUGCCCCUCAAAGCGUCCCCAAUUCUCUGAAAUUCUGUCGACAUUGCUGCGCUCCAACAACAACAACAAUAAUAGUUGUUGAUGGAGCUGUAAGCACAAAAAAGGUAUGAUUAUAUGUAUCUAGAGGUGUAAAUGGAACAGGUCAUGCUUUUGUCAACUUAGUUCAAUUCUUGUGAACAAGCUUUGAUCUACAACUAAAUUUAAUGCUUGUUUAUUGUUUA